ACAAGUUGGGAGAAAACGAACCAAACCCAGGGAAAAAAAAAGGUGAGAAGCACCAAGUCUCGUUAAGUGUCAUAGAGUGAUCCACUGACCUUGCGCUUUGCUGCCUGAUUAAAAGUAAAAGCUUCCUUCUCCCCCACGAGUACCCAAUUCGCACCGCACUGACGAUAAAAGUUUCACGAAUACUUUUCUAUAAUAAUAACAAUAAAGAAGCCAGGCUACAACAAGAUAAAAGAGGGAAGAUGACGAGAUCGGGUGAACGGAAUAAAGGGAGUAGUGGGAAGGCACCAACCGAAAGAGAGAAGGAAAGAGGACUGAAGUGGUUGAAACGGACAAAACUACUGCAAGGAAGGAGGAAAAUAAAAACGAGAGUUGGAAUCCGACGUGGGGAUCACCAGACGGGCCAACGCCUUAUAUUUAAAUCCGAACCGAUUGAAGCCCGAAAAGUCUCGCUCUGGUCGGUGACGUGAUCUCAGCUCCACCGCCACCACCCUCUCCUCUCCACUCCUCGCCCUUCCUCCUUCCCUGCUUCUCAGGGAAUCGUUCUUUCUCUCUCUCGGCGGGGAACAGCGACAGCUAUCCACUUCAAGACCUCUAUCUAGUGGAAUCUCAAUGCUUCUAAUUUUAAUAAACUUGUAGGUAUUGAUUUAUCUCGGAGGUAGCGUCCACAAAAGGGUCGGCGUUGGAUUUGUUUCUGAGCUGCUGCGAGGCUGCAAACAGUGGUUCAUUGGUGGAAUUCUGGGUUUGUUGCUGUCAUAUGUAGGUGGUGUAAGAACUGCUUCCUUGUUUUGAUCUCAUCUAUGAAUAAUCAUGCAUCAAGACAAGACAGGUAUGGAGGGGAGCUGUGAGAACAGUGAAAGGCAUUGUGAGGAGGUCCUUGCUAAUGGUGAUGUCUAUGUUGGAAACCUUGAUGGAUUACUUCCUCAUGGGACAGGAAAAUAUAUAUGGUCAGAUGGAACACUUUAUGAGGGAGAAUGGGAGAAAAGCAAAAUGACUGGCAGAGGACGGAUUUACUGGCCAGCUGGGGCCACAUACGAAGGUGACAUCUGUGGAGGUUUCCUUCAUGGUUCUGGCACUUUUUAUGGACCUGGUGGUUCUGUUUACAAAGGGUCUUGGAGGAUGAACAUACAGCAUGGAAUGGGAACUAAAACAUAUCCUAAUUCGGAUAUUUAUGAGGGUCUUUGGAGGGAAGGAUUGCAAGAAGGUAUUGGUAGAUAUACAUGGAGUAGUGGAAACACUUAUAUUGGAAACUGGAAAGCUGGAAAAAUGAAUGGCAGAGGAGUUAUGAAAUGGGCAAAUGGUGAUUUAUUUGAUGGUGUUUGGUUGGAUGGAUUAGAACAUGGCUCAGGUUACUACAAGUAUGCAGAUGGGGCAUAUUAUUUUGGAACAUGGAGUAGGGGCCUAAAGGAUGGGCGAGGAACUUUUUAUCCAGCUGGAAGCAAACUACCUAAGCAGAAGUUUUCUGAAUCUGUGGUAUGUAAUGAUGGAGCUCAAAGUCUUUGUACUGCUUCACUGAUGAGUUCUGAAGGACUCAGGAAUAAACCAUUGCAUAAGAAAAGAUACAGUCUUGAUGGAUGGAAUAUAAGUAGUUAUUUCUGUCAUUCUGGACGAAUCUCCCAUAGGCCUACGUCAUUUGAUGGAAUUUGGAAUUUUGGUGAUUCUGCUUGUAGCGUUUUGUCACAAGACAGUUCCCUCACAUUGUCCUCUUCAUCUGACGAUGGUCCGCAUAAGCUCCAGCAUGACAAUGUUUUGGUUUAUGAAAGGGAGUAUGUGCAAGGAGUGUUAAUAAUGGAAAGAGCAAGAAGUUCUGAUUCUGGUGUAAAACACACAAAAAAAUGUCACCAUAAGAUUCGAAGAAAACAACCAAGAGGGCCAGGUGAAGCUAUUCACAAAGGUCACAAAAGCUAUUAUCUGAUGCUUAACUUGCAACUUGGAAUCAGGUAUACAGUUGGAAAAAUCACACCUGUGCCUAUGCGUGAAGUUCGGUCCUCUGAUUUUGGACCACGAGCUAGAAUACGGAUGUACUUCCCUAGCAAGGGUUCCCAAUUUACACCUCCACAUCACUCUAUUGAUUUCUUUUGGAAGGACUAUUGUCCAAUGGUUUUUAGGAAUCUUCGGGAAAUGUUUAAGAUAGAUGCUGCAGACUACAUGAUGUCCAUAUGUGGGGUUGAUGGUCUGAAGGAGCUUUCUUCUCCUGGGAAAAGUGGCAGCAUAUUUUAUCUUUCACAAGAUGAAAGAUUUGUAAUCAAGACUCUAAGAAAAUAUGAACUUAAGAUUCUGUUGAAGAUGCUUCCCAAAUAUUAUAAUCACGUUGGAAUUUAUGAUAAUACCCUGAUAACAAAAUUUUUUGGUCUUCACAGAAUAACAAUAAAAGGUGCACGGAAGGUCCGGUUUGUUGUGAUGGGAAAUAUGUUUUGCACGGAGUUACGCAUUCACCGUCGAUAUGACUUGAAAGGUUCAUCCCAAGGAAGGUCAACAAGCAAGCAUAACAUUAAUGAAAACACUACUCUAAAGGAUCUUGAUCUAUCAUACGUUUUCCAUUUGGAGAAUUCAUGGCGUGAGUCGCUCUUUAGACAAAUCUCUCUAGACUGCAUGUUCCUAGAAUCACAAUGUAUAAUUGAUUAUAGCAUGCUGUUGGGGCUGCAUUUUAGGGCUCCUGAACAUUUGAAGGCUCUCUUGGAAUCUCAACAUACACUUCAAAACAGUUCAAGCUCACAAGCCAACAACUCUGAUGAACCAUCACAAGAUGAGGUCACAGUUCCACCAAAGGGUUUGCUCUUGGUGGCUCAUGAACCAGGUUCUGUGAAUACCAUGCCCGGUUCACACAUUAGAGGCAGCACAUUAAGGGCAUCUGCAGUUGGUGAUGAGGAGGUUGAUCUUAUUUUGCCUGGCACAGGAAGGUUGAGGGUGCAGUUAGGGGUUAACAUGCCAGCUCAAGCUCAAAGAAAGCUUCUUCACAAUGAAGGCCCCGAUUCAGCAGAAAUUGAUCCCGUUGAGGUCUAUGAUGUUGUUCUCUAUCUUGGAAUUAUAGAUAUAUUGCAGGAGUACAACAUGACUAAGAAAAUUGAACACGCCUAUAAAUCACUGAAGUUUGAUCCCUUGUCCAUCUCCGCAGUUGAACCUAAGCUGUAUUCUAAACGUUUCAUUAGUUUCCUGGAGAAAGUUUUCCGCCAGGAGAUUUGAGGUUGAGAAAAUUAUAAUGCAGCAAGUUAUCAAUCAUUCCAUGAUUUUCUGGAGUCGUAUUCCAUAGCCAAACUGAGAAAAGCGUAGUGGACAAUGAUGACGAUGAUGUACUAGCAAGUCAAUCCAGAUUUUUCCAUGUAGUGUACCAAAGUACCAGCAUUACUCCUCAUUAUUUUUUUAUUCAUUCUGUAAUUCUGAUCACAUUACUUGUACUUGAAACUGUCAAACAAAUUAGUCAUAUACAGAUUCACUGCUCAGCUGUUCAACUGGCUGUGGAUGGAGAUCGGGCAUGAAUCUUCCAGGAGAAUGGUCUUACCUGCUACCAAAUGAAUGAUACGAGUAAAACUAGCAACCAGCCAGAGGGUUGACAGUAGCUGGAAAGAGUCAAGGUCUUAAACUGCUCCAUUUUACUUUCAGGACCACUGGAACAUUGGCAUGCAAAUUAUGGUGAUGGAUAGGAGCUAAUGAUGAGGAAUGUAGAUAUUUUACUGCAGAUUAAUGCGAUGUGGCUUUGUAAUUCAUCUUACGGUAAGCAACCUUUUGACUGCUACAGUUGACCAUCUCUAAUUUUCAAAACGAUUUACAUGUGCUACAAGUUAUG